AUGAGUGGAAUGGCUUGGGUGGAUGCCAAGAAAGGCUUGCGCCCAUCAUUCACAGCCACAUCGUUCACGGCAUGGAUAGCGCUCAGGUACAUCGUUCUCCACGCCACCAUCUUCUUUUUACACCUGCGUGCACCACUGUGUCCUGCUAGACUGGUGUUGAGCACGUCCCUCUGCGUCGUCCAUGGAGCUGAGCCCCUUGGAAUAGGGACGGAGUGGUGGAUGCUGGGCUUGACCCUCAGGUGCAUCGCCGCGCACGGCGCCAUGGCCAUUUCAAAGGCGUCCACGGCGCCAUGGCCAUUUCAAAGGCGUCCACGGCGCCAUGGCCAUUUCAAAGGCGUCCGCGCCACGGCCAUCUCAAAGGCGUCCACGGCGCCACGGCCAUCUCAAAGGCGUUCACUGUGCCAUGGACAUCUCACAUGCGGGUUCCCCACUGCGAACUGGGGAAUCCAGUUCCACACCGUCCAUCCGGUGCUUAGCUAUCAACGUGGCUAUUCCAUCCCACAAUGGGCUACUUAG